UCGGAAUCAACAUCCUACUCAGAAUCAUCAUCCUACUCAGAAUCAUCAUCCUACUCAGAAUCAUCAUCCUACUCAGAAUCAUCAUCCUACUCAGAAUCAUCAUCCUACUCAGGAUCAUCAUCCUAUUCUGACUUGCCCUCGUCGUCUAGUUCUUUAGAUUGUCAGUCUUCUGACUCUUCUUACUAUGUUCCUUCCUCAAUUACGUUCUUUUUGGAAUCGACUUCAAUUGGUCAGUAUGCAUACUAUAAUUUAAUGUCCACAGAAGUAAUUUCUAUUGUUAAGUUUACUCUUGACUUAACAACAGGAACAUUGUACUAUGUUAAUGAUGGGAGUACUGCCCCUGGAGCAGAUACUAUAAUGCCUGAAUUUUUUAGACAAGAUGAUCUGCAAAAUACUGGAUUUUCGUAUUUUAAUACAGGAAGUGAAUUGCUUUUAGAAUAUUCUAAUAGUGUUUUAUUCUACAUUUGUAAUUCAGAAACUACAGUUGAGUUGACUAAUAUUGGAUCAUGUCUUGCUACAAAUCUUAUAAUGGUUGAUCCGGUUUAUGCAUAUUCCUAUGAUGGGCCAGAUACCUGCUCACUGUCAUCAUCAUUUUCUUCAUUUGAUUCCACUUCUUCUUCAGAGUAUUCUUCAUCUAGUUCUCCUUUAUCUUCAUACUUGGGAACAACUUCUACUUAUUUAUCUUCAUCAUCCUAUACAAGUUCAUCAUCCUAUACGAGUUCAUCAUCCUAUACAAGUUCAUUAUACUCGAAUCUGUCUUCUGCUUAUUCGUCAUCAGAAUAUUCAUCACCCUCAUCUUUAGAGAGUGAUACAUUAAUCUCGUCCAACUCAUUUUCCAGUUCAUUUGUAACUUCUUCUGUAUUUACAUCUUCUCCUGAGUAUUCAUCAAGCUCAACCGAUACUUCUGGCUCGUCAUAUUCAUCAUCUGAGUUAUUGACAAGCAGUACCCCCAUUGUUACAACAUCUACAACGAAUUCACAAGAGUAUUUAAGUUCUUAUACGUCUUCAUCUUAUGACAUUUUGAGUAUCAGCACGAACUCUCAGCUAUCAUCUAGUUACACUCCAGCCUCAUCAUCUUCAACGAUUCACUACUAUGGUAAUUCUACAAGUUCAUCCUUCUCUAGUACACAGACAACCACUUCAAUUUCAUCAACUACGUUGCCAUCGUUAUCUACGUCAGGAACAACUGGUGAGCCUCUGACUACGGGGUCAACUACCUCUGAGUUAUCAUCAUACCUUUCAACUUCCUUCUCAAGUGGUUCAACUCUUAACUCCCACGAAUCUUCCUCGGCCCAUUCCUAUGAAAGUUCAGCAUCUCCAUCAAGUAUUUUAUCAUACAGUGGAAUUACCCUGAAUGUUACUUCUUUGAUUCCUACCUCGACUAUUCCAUCUGCAACUGUCUCUGAAGCACCAAGUCAAACUUCUUUCGCUUUCCAAAUCACCGCGGUUGCCAACCCGCCUAUCAACUUUAGAGAAUAUGUGUCGUGGACUGGCGGUGAAAUUACCUUACAAGACUCCGAUGGUCCAUUAUUUGAAUUGGCACUUCCAGAAGGUUAUAUCACAAUAUCUGGCCUAUUCCUUCAAGCUGAUGAUACCGGUCUCUUCCUAAGCGAGAAUCCAGAAGGAGGAUGGCUGAUUGUUGGUGAUCCUAUUUUAUCGUUAGAAGGCUUUGGUACCGAAUUCUACAUCUGUCCACUUCAAGCGGUUCCUUUACGACUCAGUCUGAUUGCAUCUGAUUGUUUCGUUGGAGAGUUACAAAUUUUGGAGGCAUCUCCGGCUACAUCUUCAAGUACAACUUCUGAUGGUGGUAGCUCUUAUACAAUCACGUCUGAUACUAUUUCUACUCCUUCAAUCUCAACUGGGUCCACUUUUGGAUCUUCAUCAAGUACUGGAUAUACAAUAACUACUACUUACAUCUCGGAUGAAGUAAUUACUAUCACUGAAUGUCCAGUAACUGUCACCAACUGCCCAUUAAAUUACGUUGUAACCAUAACAAUUCCUCAUACCAUCACAACUACAUACUGUCCAGAAUCUGAUGUAGCACAACCAACAUACACAUCGACCUAUGUCUCAGCUGUAACUGAAAUUCAGGGAACACUAACUAAGGAAGUGGUUCGUACUUUUACAACUACAUAUUGUCCAGAAUCUGGCCAACCGGUCGAAUCUAAGAGCACUUCAUUGGAGACUCAGAUCAGUGGCGAAGAGACUAUUUUUAUUACACAUGUGAUCACAAAAACUAUCGGAACUGUAGUUCCAAUUUCUUCCACGUCCCAUGAAGUAGUUGAAGUUGCAAUUACAGAGGGUGGUAUCCAUUCAGUUGCUACUAUUACUGUACCUCAUGUAGUUACCAUUGUAGCUUUUGAAAGUCAGUCUACUACCUCAAUUUUGCAUUCUACAUCUACUAAUGCUGGUGAAGAGACUACCACCUUCAGCUCGGUGGGAACCGUGAUUACAACUAUUCAAAACAGUGCUCAAAAGUUAAUUGGGUCGUUUACGUCGUUAAUUAUUUCAGUUGUUUUAUUUUUCUUUUAGUUCUUCAAAUUGUAUGUUUUUGUUUAGGUAUUCAAACCUAGACAAACUUUAAAUACAUCUAUUGUUUAUUUUGUUGUUCUUCUUGUUCGAUAUAAUAAG